AUGAAUGAGAAACCAAUACCUUUGAAAGUGUUUGGAAGAUCACACUAUGCUUGCCAAAGAUGUAAGAUCUCGAAAAUGAGGUGCUCCGGGGAAAAGCCCGCAUGCACCAACUGUAUAAAUAGUAAUAAGCAACAUCAAUGUGUGUACCCGGCGAAAGAUCGGAAGAUUAUGUUAAUGGAGAGUGAUUUGGAUAAACUUCACGAACGGGUGAGUUACUUGGAGGGAUUGUUAAGACAAAAAGGUGAACAGAUCGAUUCAGUGCCGCUGCUGCAACAACAACAACAACAACAACAACAGCACCAGAGUCUUUCGCACACUCAGCUCAACCAUGACACACAAACAACGCUCGGUAAUGGGCCCCCGUCUAAAUCUUUCCCCGUGCCGUUGACUUUCACUUCUCCAAUACAGCCCAGAUCUCAAAUUAAAGCGGACCCUGGUCUCUUCAACUUCACACUUGAGAAUUUCCUUUUACCUGAUCGUCACAAUGAAUCCUUACAGUGGCACUUGAACUUUUGGGAUAGACCACUUCCCCCUAGAGAACAUACUAUGCUCUUGCUUGAAACUGUCCAGAGAAGGUACUCUUUGGAGUUUUACUUGGUUGAUUUCCCAGAAAUUUUUCACUUAAUUGACAAGAUAUAUGCUAACUUCCACCAACCAACUGAACUAUUGAAACUUGUAAAUCAUGUUUCAUUAAGUUAUUUUUACGUCAUCUUGGCAUUUGGUGCACAACAAUUGACUCCACCUGUCAUUCCUAAGUCCCAAAUAGCUAGCCAUUCUCCUAUAAAUAUUCCUGGUAUUGAGUACUACAUAAUAGCGUCUCAAUUGUUUAAUGUUGCUCAAGAAGAAUUGAACAUUCACUUCGUCCAGGCAGCCACUUUAUUGGGGUUGUACGCUGCUAACCUAAAUAGGUAUAAUACUGUUUACAACUACUUUGGAGUGGCUUCUAGAGCGUCUGUGGCUAUGGGAUUGCACAGGCAGAAAACAUAUGCAAAGGCGAACCCAACCGAGCAUGACUUGGUAGCAGAAGAAAAGGGUAAAAGAAUUUGGUGGACUGUGUUUAUCAUUGACACAACUUGGGCUUCAAAAAUGAGUAUGCCUGUGCAUAUCGAUUAUACAGACACUGACGUUGACUUACCCUUGGAUAACAUCUACGCGUUGAACGACAAUUUUGACUCCGUCAUGCUUGAACUGAAUGUUCACUUAUCAAAAUAUAUUUCCAAAUUUGGUAGAAUCAUUUAUGGACCAAAAAUCAGAACUUUCAGUGUGAAUUACAUUAACACUGAUCAAUUCAAUCAAAGACUAUUGAUUAAAAACAUUAUCGACUGUUUGAAAGAUCUUAUAAAGAAUUUAGAAUUGACCAUCUUAGGUCAAUAUAACAAAUCUGAUAUCGUUCAAUCACAAUCUAGAAGGUUAACUAACUUGUUUUUAAGAUUCUUCCAAUUGAUCUCAACAAUUGUGAAGCCGUUGAUUUGUCUCAUGUUUAACAAAAAUGCCGGUAAUAUAGUUGAUAAUAACUCCAACGAAAUUGUUCAAUCCAUAUUCAAGGGAAUAUAUGCUGCUUGUGCAUUAAUUGACUUAGUGUACACUUUAUAUAAGAAUAACUUAUUAUUUGAAUUAGGUUUUUGGGAUGGUCAGUACGUUUAUUCAGCAAUGAUGUUGCUUAUUUUAAGUCAAGUUAAUGGAAGGCAAUAUAGCCACAUACAAAAGGGACUUGUUUUGCUAAAAUAUAUGGCAGGUAGAGGGAAUAUCACUGCCCAAAACUCAUGCUCCAACUUGCAUCAAAUAUUUUCUGCUAUCAAAGAACAACCAAGUAUUUCUCAGCAUUUUAGCGAUAUCGACACGAAUAUGGAGUUGAACUUCUAUGAGCAGCAAGAGCAAUCUAGGUUGUUGAAUUUACAACAGCAGCGUCAACAACAAGCAACAAACAUAGAUAUCGAAAAGUUCCUAAAACUUCAGCAUUGCGAUGAGGACACUGUGGAAAGAGCAAAAUUGGAAGUUGACAAUUUUUAUAAGUCUGCAUCGAUUCCGGAAAUUCUUCAAUUUCAGGACUUCUUCCUAAAUAAUAGUUAUUUGUCCGAACCCAUAUGGAAAGAGAUACAAGGAAGAAUACAGAAAUACCCAUUAGUUGUAUUCCCAAUCAAUCCUAACACUGUGAACGGUAACGGUAAUAGCGCUGAGGUUAACAAUACGUUGGCCACGCAGAACUCAAUGUAUGAAAUAAUUCGUAAGAUCCAAAAUUCUGAUGACAUUAAAUGGACCCCAUAG